AUGUCCUGCCGCGAGUGUACCAUUUGCUCUUUCGCACUUACUGGCAUAGAGAUGUUAGAAAAGAGAAAGCGCCAAGAAUAUGCUUUGAUCUGGGUCCCCGAUACAGUAUUUUCCAAUACGGCACCCAGCAUGGGAACUAAUUUCAUGUGGUCCCUGGAGCGGAUUACUCCCGCAGCAGCAGCUAUAGUCAAUGUAGAGUUAUUGUAG